UAUUGGCCAUUUUGAUUUGUCAGCCUCAGGGCGUAACGGGAAGAGGGGGUGACCGGAAACACGGUGCCCUCCGUUAGUAUAAAACGUGACGUCGGGCGGCUAUCGGUCUCUUUCUGUUACCUGGCAAGGGGCAGCAGCUUUGGCCGCGACAACCAAGAAACACCGAAACUAAACAAUGGCCAAGGAAAAGACCCACAUUAACAUCGUGGUUAUCGGCCAUGUCGACUCCGGCAAGUCCACCUCCACCGGCCACUUGAUCUACAAGUGCGGUGGCAUCGACAAGAGAACCAUCGAGAAGUUCGAGAAGGAGGCCGCCGAGAUGGGCAAGGGCUCCUUCAAAUACGCUUGGGUGCUGGACAAACUGAAGGCCGAGCGUGAGCGUGGUAUCACCAUCGACAUCGCUCUGUGGAAGUUUGAGACCACCAAGUACUAUGUGACCAUCAUUGAUGCCCCCGGACACAGGGAUUUCAUCAAGAACAUGAUCACUGGAACAUCCCAGGCUGACUGCGCCGUCCUGAUUGUAGCUGCCGGCGUGGGUGAGUUCGAGGCGGGUAUUUCCAAGAACGGUCAGACCCGUGAGCACGCCCUGCUGGCCUUCACCCUGGGCGUGAAGCAGCUCAUUGUCGGAGUCAACAAGAUGGACUCGACCGAGCCCCCUUACAGCCAGAAGCGUUUUGAGGAAAUCACCAAGGAAGUCAGCACCUACAUUAAGAAGAUUGGUUACAACCCCGCCACCGUUGCCUUCGUCCCCAUCUCUGGGUGGCACGGAGACAACAUGCUGGAGACCAGUGACAAGAUGAGCUGGUUCAAAGGCUGGAAAGUUGAGCGUAAGGAGGGUAAUGCCAACGGUACCACCCUGCUGGAGGCUCUGGAUGCGAUCCUCCCCCCUUCCCGUCCCACUGACAAGCCCCUCCGUCUGCCCCUGCAGGAUGUCUACAAAAUUGGAGGUAUCGGAACAGUGCCCGUCGGUCGUGUGGAGACCGGUAUUUUGAAGCCCGGCAUGGUCGUCACCUUCGCUCCCACCAACCUGACCACUGAGGUCAAGUCUGUUGAGAUGCACCACGAGUCCCUGCCCGAGGCCGUCCCUGGUGACAACGUCGGCUUCAACGUCAAGAACGUGUCAGUCAAGGAAAUCCGUCGUGGUUACGUUGCCGGUGACAGCAAGAACGACCCACCCAAGGGUGCUGAUAACUUCAAUGCUCAGGUCAUCAUCCUGAACCACCCUGGCCAGAUCAACGAGGGCUACGCCCCCGUGCUGGACUGCCACACAGCUCACAUUGCCUGCAAGUUCAAGGAGCUCAUCGAGAAGAUCGACCGUCGUUCUGGCAAGAAGCUUGAGGACAACCCCAAGUUUGUCAAGUCCGGUGACGCCGCCAUCGUCAAGAUGAUCCCCCAGAAGCCCAUGGUGGUGGAGCCCUUCUCCAACUACCCUCCCCUCGGUCGCUUCGCCGUGCGUGACAUGAGGCAGACGGUCGCUGUCGGAGUCAUCAAGUCCGUGGAGACCAAGGAAGUGAGCGGAAAGACAACCAAGGCCGCAGAGAAGGCCCAGAAGAAGAAAUGAAUGGUCGUGCAGGACAUCCAGCCAGGGGACGUGUGCCGGCAGCAGCGGGCCGCUCCUUCUUCACCACUUUCCUCGCCCCACCCCGGUUCAUCUCUGAGGCACAGCUCUCUGCUCAAGGACUGGCUUAUGCUGAUUAAAACUCAUCGCAAAAGUUUUCGCAGGAAAAAAAGGAACUUUGCGCCUUUGUCAGUCACCAGAUUCACAUGACGGUGCCUCUUUAAGUUUUGAAAAGUUGUAGAACUGUACAUUCAUUGGAUGUUCUCAUGCCACAAAAUUGAAUUGGAAAAGAAAGCUGCUGGUAACAAAUAAAAAGUU